UUGCGUUCCCUCCUGCGAGGACUGACAGUCCUUACUGUUUUCACCGGCAAUGAUACAGCAAACACGGUGAAGAUACGGCCGAGAUGGACUUGCCGAGCAAUUUUUAUCACUACAAGGACGGAUACUAUUUAGCUGCCAUCGUCUUUCAACCGUAGCCGAGGACAUUAAUAUUUUCCCCUGUCUCUUGGAGGAAGAGGACGACCGGGGGAGAGGGAAUAAUCAUGGAUGCGACGGCUGGUUUCCUGCGACACACUACUCCUGGCAGCUAGAGGGCUUCCAGAUAUUCACUUUGAAGGUUUUAUAGGACAUAAUUUCCUUCAUUGUGGUUAAAUGUCACAUAAAUGUCAGUGAAAUAUUCGUAGUUGAAAGAAAAAAAGAGACACGAAUUACCUAAAAUAGCAUGGCUAAUCGCUGCUGUCGAGCUAGUUGCAGCUACCUGACGGCUAUCUGAAUUCGGCAGCGUUCAGUGUUCAUGAAGCUGGAAUAAUACAGAAGAGGAAGGUUCUUCUAAUCAUAUGACUCUCCAGUUAUUGGCCUUAAGGUAAACAUGCACCAUCAGGACUUCUCCGGGGACCCGCCGGCGACAGGGAGCCGAAAAACGGCUCACCACUUCCGGAGAGGCAGCAGCGGGGGGAACCCGCUCGCAGAGGAGAACCAGAGCCAGCCCGGGUCUUCCUCCCCGGCUCUUCAUCACCAGCCCCAAAGCRUGAAGAAGAAAAGUGGCUUCCAGAUAACGAGCGUCACCUCGGCUCAGAUCAGUGGCAACAACAGUUUAGCGGAUGACACCGAGAGCUAUGAUGACAUGGAUGAGUCCCACACCGAGGACCUCUCCUCCUCUGACAUGCUGGAUGUCUCCACGUCCAAGGCCACAGACACAGGUGUGCCGGRGAGGAGCUCCUCCGAUGAGACGCUCAACAGCCUCCAUGGGGUGGACACACCUGGAAUCGUGUCUCCAAACGAGCCCAUCCAGCUUCAUGUYGUCUCUCAAGGGUCCCAGCAGCACUCCUCCUUGGUGAAUGGGUCCACGCACCACCAAUAUUACCCUCACCAUCAUCACUCUGACAGCGUGGGAGGAGCUGAACCAGCAACUCUGCCCAUUGCACCCUUGGCCACCUCCAGCCCAGCUUCCAAAGCUGGGUCCAGCAAGUCCCAGAGGCCGCCGGUCUUGGAUAACCCCAAACCAGCWCAAGUAGCUCCUGAUGUUCAAAGCGGUGCAAAGAUUUCUAACACCGCGGGGUUUGAAAACACUAAUGUCAGGGUGCAAGCGGCCCCGGCUGGGCACGGCACUCAAACCCAGCACGCCCACACUCAGACUGCGACGGGCUCACGUUUUAGGGUGGUCAAACUGGACACAAACUCGGAGUCGUUCCGCAAAGGGAGAUGGRCGUGCACCGAGUACUACGAGAAGGAGGUGCCUCAUCCUGCUCCCUCUGAGGCUCCAAAAGCCUCCGACGUGGCRGCGGAGUCUGAGGCAGGAAACGCCGGGGUGAGUCCAGGCAUCACCGCAGUGCAGCCUCCUCACACGCUGCAGCCCUACCAGCCGCCAAGCCWGGACUUCACCAGCCCACAGGCGGUGCCGAGCCCCCAACAGCCACUGGCACACAGCCUGAGUUACAUUUCACCUCAGGAGGUCAUUGGGACAGGUCACGGGCAAAAACCAGUGGUUCCUGUCAACGUGACGCAGCAGCCGCCUCCUGUCGUACCUCAGCCUCUGCCCUAUCCUGUGGAGACUCCCCAGGGAGGUUAUCCCAUACCUCAGCACCACACAGCGGGGGRGUUGCCCACAGGAAGUGUGAGACAGCCAGACUUCAUCCAGCCUACCGCUCCUUUCCAGACACAAGUACCACCUCCUCUUCCACCUGUCGCAGCAGGCAUCUCUUCACCGGUGCCAGGGGUCUUAGCACCGCAGCCCAUCAGYAUCCCACAGCAAGCGCUGCCCCUUCAGGGUCCCGUAGCCCCGCCUGUGUCUGCAGCUUUCUCCGUAGCGCAGCCGCCAACCCUCCCCGUUCAACCCCAGCCCCACCCAAAGCCACCGAUCCAGCACCCCUCCGUAGCGCCCGUCCCGGGGACCACCUACAAGCCGCUGACUGCCCUCCGAGCCGACCUCCAACCCCUGCUCUCCCUGGGAACGAACCUCGUCCACGCUCCUGGCGGCGGCAGCUCCAUCAAAAGCUCCCAGCUSGAGGACGCCCAGAAGCUCCUGAUCCAGCACCAAGGCCUGCUGGGUCUGCCCCGUCUGGGGGGCGCGGCAGAGGGUGGCGGUGCAGCUGGGAUGUCAGCUGAGGCCAGUGCCUUCAUGGUCGCCGCCGGCCUCAGGAGUCAGCACGCUGACGGAGAGGAGGACAGCUCUUCUGGUGCGAGUGUGGUGGCCAUCGACAACAAGAUUGAACAAGCGAUGGACCUGGUGAAGAGCCACCUGAUGUACGCCGUGCGCGAGGAGGUGGAGGUGCUGAAGGAGCAGAUCAAGGAGCUGAUUGAGCGCAACACUCAGCUGGAGCAGGAGAACACCCUGCUGAAGACCCUGGCCAGCCCCGAGCAGAUGGCGCAGUUCCAGGCCCAGGUUCAGACCGGAGGCUCCCCGACCAGCACCGCCCAGCCUCCGGUCCCGUCCGGAACCACGCAGGUCCUCCCCUCCAUGCAGAACUCCAGCACGUCAGCGUAACGCAGAGGAGGCGACGCCGAACCCCCUGAGCAUGAGGGACAGGGGGGACGGGAGACAGAAGAUGAGGAGGAGGAAGGAGGAGGGGACUGUGAACAGACUUCACUAAGACUGAUGGUGCCGUCGUCUGGAGGAACGCACAGUGAACCGGAAUCAACUUCUCCUUUUGUUGCACGUUUAAUUUAACUGAACAGAUUCAGAGUUGCACCUGUGUCCACCCCCACACGCACACCUGCUACAUCGUCAACUCUCACUACCUGCUUCAGACAAUCGUCUUUGUCAUCCCGCUCAAAAAGAAAAAACAAAAAAGUACGGUAAGGACUGGGGAGAACCUCCUGAGUUCCUGUGGAAAGUGUGCCAUCGUUUCAUCCCCUCCCCCAGCACACAGCUCAUCACACUUCAGCAUCUUCGUCCAUUUAUGUCCAUUUGCACUUCUUUUUUUAAUUUUAUUUUUGUAAUUCCGUGGACGGACUUUAAAUGGACAAACAUUUCUCUGGAAACAGGAAGAUUGCGGCUGUGCAUCUUUCUGGCCUCUGCAGACUAGAACCUGGACAGAACCGUUCUUUCUGAACACAGUCUUGCUUCUUUUCUUGGUGUCUGGUGGAGCGGUUCCUGCAGAGAAUCAAAUGUUGUUGUUCUGUUUUUUUAAUGGGGAGGGAUAUGUGCUUUUUGUUUUUUAAUCAAUGUAAUAAUGUCCAAAAAACUGAAAAAACUGAAAGGCUUAUAUAAAUGGGACAAGACUGUUGUUCGGUAGUCCAACUUUGUACAGAUGAAAACAUUUCCAAUUAAACUCAGCCAAGUGCCUGGUGUCUAACCAUAGAUACAUAUAUAAAUCUUUUUUAAGUUCUUCUGUUGGUGUGUGUGUCUGUGUAUAUAUAUUUAUCUAUGGUUUUACCAGGUUUUGAACUACCUGUGAUGUCAGAACUCAGGUUGGGACCAGAUGAGGGUUUUUAACCUCGACACUAAGAUGCUGUCUCUCCUGCAGGACUGUACAUGAACUCUGCUGUUGCUUCAAGCUCACCUGCUCAAAUGAUCGGGACUCUUCUUACCAUGUGGGAACGUGUGUGUUUUAAUUUAAUGUAAAUUACAUGUUUUUAGUUCUUUUUUUUUUUUUUUUUGUACAGCCAUGUGUGUAAGUUGCUCGUAGUGCGACUGGAGCGCUGAACACGAAAAAAUGCGACACUUGUCAUGAGGAAACGUUGGGGAAAUGCCGAGCAGAAGUAUGUUGAUGUUUUUGUGCAUGUUCCUUCAGCCCAUCACAAAUGUGACGUAUCAAUUGCACUAGACAGUUGCACCUCAAAUAAAAAACAAAACCGCUUAAAAAAAAAAA